GAAUGCCUUGAUGAAUAUGACGUGCGCCGCUCACGUUUGAGGAGAACCCCCAGACUUCAGCUUCACUACUGUAGUCCACACAAAGGACGCGCUCGUGCCUUUAUGACGCGUCGAUCCGGAUUCCAGAAUGACACUGUAGAACGCGUCUCGAUUCGAAUUCAGCUGGGACGCGGCGGUUCGCGAAUCCUCUCUGCGUUCUAAGAGCAAUGGAUGCGGGAAUGUGCGUUUCCUGCAGGCGGAUAUAAGUUUUGCAUGAUUUAUUACUCGAUCUUCAUUUCUACAUUACGUCAGGGGGGAAUAAACGGACUGAUUAAACAGAAGCACGGGCCGGGGGCAACAAUCGUUUGCAGUCACCGAGAAGAGGAACAUCGAUAUCAUUCGUGCAAACGUCUUCGUGACUGUCCAUUUAAUUCUAUAGCUGUCUGAUUACUAGCCGUGCUCCCGAAGCCUCUGUUUUCACAAUGCAGUUUAGGACAGUUUUGGAUGUAAAAGUGGUGGAUGUGGAGAAGAGGAGGAAUCCAUCCAAACAUUACGUGUAUCUCAUCAAUGUCACAUACUCUGACUCCACAUCUCACAUCAUCUACAGAAGAUACAGUAAAUUCUUUGACCUUCAGAUGCAGAUUCUCGACAAGUUCCCAAUCGAGGGAGGGCAGAAAGAUCCCAAAAAAAGGAUUAUCCCUUUUCUUCCAGGCAAAAUCCUAUUCAGACGGAGUCAUGUGAGAGACGUGGCCAUGAAGAGACUACGCUUUAUUGACGACUAUUGCAGAGCGCUGGUUCGGCUUCCUCCCCAGAUCUCACAGAGUGAGGAAGUUCUCCGCUUCUUCGAGACCAAACCAGAUGAUAUCAACCCUCCCGUAGAGGAUUAUGGAUCCAAACGCAAGUCAGUUUGGAUGUAUGGCCUUCAGGACAGUCCAACCAAGUCUGAGGCCUCAGGACUGGACAGCAGUGAGCCCAUGGUGCUGGAGCAGUACGUGGUGGUGGCCAACUACGAGCGGCAGGAGAACUCGGAGAUCAGCCUGAAGGCUGGAGAGACGGUGGACGUAAUCGAGAAGAGCGAAAGCGGCUGGUGGUUUGUAAGCACAGCUGAAGAACAAGGCUGGGUUCCUGCCACGUACCUGGACUCUCAGAGCGGCACCAGAGAUGAUCUGGACUUGGGAACAUCUAGAUCUGGAGAAGUCACUAAGAGACGUAAGGCUCACCUGAAGAGGCUCGACCGGAGAUGGACGCUAGGGGGAAUAGUCAACCGCCAACAGAGUCGAGAGGAGAAAUAUGUCACUGUCCAGGCGUAUAACAGUCAGGGAAAAGAUGAGAUCGGGUUCGAGAAAGGAGUUACCGUGGAGGUCAUCCAGAAGAACCUGGAGGGAUGGUGGUACAUCAGGUAUCAGGGUAAAGAGGGCUGGGCCCCAGCCUCAUACCUGAAGAAACUGAAAGAUGACCUUUCCCCAAGGAAGAAGACGCUGACAGGCCCUGUGGAGAUCAUCGGAAACAUAAUGGAGAUCAGUAACCUCCUCAACAAGAAAGCUGUAAGCGAGAAGGACAUUCAAACUGACGGAGAGGCCACCAGCCCUGAGCGCCACAUCUCCAAAAGUGAAAUCAGUUUACCUAUCACACAUGCCCUAGAGGCUGGAGUGGCACCUACAGUGGUCACUGGUUUGGGAAUGAACUCUGGAUCUAGUGCUGCCCUACAAGAGAACAAGAGCAGGCCAGAGCCGGGGUCACCUGCUAUAGCCCGGGUGGCACCACACAGAGUUGAGAUAGGAUUUGAUGCCAUAGGAUCUCCAAACCUCAGGCAGAAACCUCCUCCUCGAAGAGAUACAAAUCUGGCAUUCCAGUUACCCAAACCUCCAGAGGCCCCUACUGUGGAAGCGGAGUACUACACCAUAGCAGAGUUUCAGUCCAGUAUCUCAGAUGGCAUCAGCUUCCGUGGAGGACAAAAGGCUGAUGUCAUAGAGAAGAAUUCUAGUGGUUGGUGGUAUGUCCAGAUCGGGAAUAUGGAGGGCUGGGCACCCUGCUCCUUUAUCGAUAAACGCAAGAAGCCCAACCUGAGCCGGCGAACCAGCACACUUACCCGCCCUAAAGUUCCGCCCCCUGCUCCACCGGUCAAGAAACCAGACUCGGAGGAAUCACCUUCUCUGCCUGGCUCUGCACACAAAGCUCCAGAAUCUCCUACUCAGCGUGUCUAUGAGGAGCCAGAAUAUGAUGUUCCCGCCAUUGGUUUUGACUCCGAUCUGGACAGUAAUCCUCCAAAACAAAAAAUCAAUAAUUCCCCAAAACCAGAGCCCCGUAAGUUUGAAAUUAAAAGCAACCCAGCAGCUGCCGAAAGAAUUGCACAAGCUGGCAAAGCAUCGCCUUUACUAAAAGUGAUGACCUCCCCCUUGAGGAAAAGAAACUCGUUGGAGAAAUUGGAGGAUGUCAAAAAGGAGGAAGUCAUUUAUGAAAAUGAAGGGUUUAGGUUCUCCUCCAAUGACUUUGCCAGUGGUUGCGAUUCAGAUACCCCAAGGAGUCUCACGCUGGGUCGUAAACCCUUUGGGGCCUCCUCUGGAGGAGGGAAGUCCCUCCGGAAAGUAACGCCGGAUCUAAGCCGGAGUCACUCUCUUGGCCGUGCUGAGAGACACAGCCACAAGUCAUCAUCAGAUGAAUCAGGACGCAAUCCCAAAAGAGAGCCUGUAAUGCGAAAAGAUGUUGAGAUUCGGGUUGGUCAAAGUCCCUUAGCCAGGCCCAAACCAGUGGUGCGACCCAAACCUCUACUUACAAAAUCAGAGCCACAAAGUCCUGAAAGAAUGGACAUCAGCAGCCUACGCCGCCAGCUUCGGCCCACUGGAAGUCUUCGACAAGGCCCCAUCCGUGCAGUACGUGGUGGUGAAGAUUCCGAGACUGCUUCCGUUGUGUCCUCUGAGGAUUCCGUCUCCUCAAGAAGUACCUCCGAUCUCUCCAGUGUCUAUUCCAAAGGUAGCCGAGGAGGGGAAUCCGACCAUGAAAGUGUGCUCUACAGGACCACAGAUGCCUACGAACGGGCCCAAGAUUCAGAGGUCAGCUUCCCAGCUGGUGUGGAGGUUGAGGUACUGGAGAAGCAGGAAAGUGGAUGGUGGUAUGUCCGUUGGGGCGAUGAUGAGGGAUGGGCACCUACUUUCUACUUCGAGCAAGUCAAGCAUACCCAAAACAUGAGUUUACAAGAAUCCCGUGAUGGCCCUCUUGUUGAUCUUGGUAGCGCCAACAAGUCCAACAGCCUUGAGAAAAAUGAGCAGCGUGUUCAGGCACUCAACAACCUAAACCAGCAGAACCUGAGGAGUAUGAGCAACCCUAGUCCACCAAUCCCAUCCAAGCCACCAGGGGGUUUUAGCAAACCUACCACAAUGCUAAACGGUUCAGAUGUACGGAUGAGGAACGGUGUCCGUCAAGCAGCAGUGCGACCGCAGUCAGUGUUUGUAUCUCAACCACAGCCUCUGAAAGACACCAACAUCCACACAGGGUCUUUGAGAAGAAAUGAAUCACUGGGUGCAGGCGACCACAUGAGGUCCACAGGCGGCGUAAGGCGAAACUCCUCCUUCAAUACUGUUCGACCGCAGGUGGUGACUGAUGUACGGGUCAGGUCUGGGACCACCGUUACAGCACCCGCCGGAAGUUCAAGCCCCUUGAUUACCCAGAGAAACGGAAUACCAAUAUCUACAGUUAGACCCAAGCCCAUCGAGAAGACACACAUCAUUCACAACAACCUUCGAGAGGUUUACGUUUCUAUUGCUGACUACCGUGGCGACGAAGAGACCAUGGGUUUCUCGGAGGGCACUAGUCUUGAAGUUUUGGAGAAGAAUCCAAAUGGAUGGUGGUACUGCCAGGUUCUCGAUGGCUUACAGGGACGUAAAGGCUGGGUACCAUCUAACUACCUGGAGAGAAAAAAGUAAUUGCCCCAAAAUGUUUUAAACAUGCACAAUUGUAAUCAAAAUGUAAAAAGACGAACUGACUGAGGGGCUUUUGGUUUGAAACGAGAGGGACAGAGCCUUUUAGAAAGGAGUUUACAUUAAACCUAGACUAAUGCAGGUGAAUGUUUAGCAAAAUACCUGCCGUAACUUUAUGCCAAAUGGGUGCCUUCGUACAUCUUUCACCGAAUGUUAAGAAGAAUCGGUCAAAUACCAGUGAAGCAACGAAAAUACCAAACUUCAACUUAGUGCCAUAGGCCUACAAGUACAGAAAGCAACAAACUUAUUUUUGUUACAACAAAUACCAGUGAGAAAGACCAUUUCAGCAUAGGUGCAUAGCCAAAAGUGCGAAUCCAAUCUUAAGCACUUGUAAACAAGAAAUUCCUGUUUAAAAAAAUUUUUGAACAAAAAAACAAAACAACGUCAAAUGUUCUCUUAGCAUUGAGUGUGCUCAAAGAAACAAAGCAUAAUGUUUUUUAAAAACUGUUCUUUUUUUAUUGUUUUGUGUUGAUGUUGUUGCAUUAUAUCUUCCUUAGAGAUGUAUUUCUGCUUUCUUGUAACAUCCUAACACAUCAAAAGAGUUCACCAAGUCAACCAUCCUGUUGCAGGUUGUUAAUGUUUAAGUCGCUUUUGUCUUCCCCAUUCUUUAAAUAUGCACAGGCCAAAAUGAAUAAAACAUUUUAAAGGAAAAUAGUUUGUGAAAGCUACAUGCAUAGAUCACCUCAUGCCCACUUAAUUAUUGGGUUUAAACCCAAGUUUAGUUUACAAAGUGAAUCUUUUUAAAUUAGGAGGGUAGGCAGCUUGAGAGGACAGGACUUUAGAUAUUGCUGCUCUGUGUGUGCUAAAUCUGUUCAUUCAAGAAAUCAGGACUGGAAAAUCUUUUGUUUUGUUUAACAUUUUAUCCCAGGGAAGUAGUGACAUAACAUUGAGCCCAAAAUGUGACCACACCCCAAAGAAGAUUUACAGACACAUUCGGUAGUUUGUUUUAGAGUUAGUAUUUAUUUUGUGGCUACAAAUAAAUACAGUGUAUUCAGCAAAACCUAAACGAGGUUUCAGAACUGAGAACAAAGUAUAUUUAAUUGUUAUAUCUGGAAGCACUUGAUUUUUUUAACCCAAUGAAAAGCACAUUAAUAUGCAAGGAUAGUUUUUACAUUAACGAUAUUGCUGGGCAGUAUUGAAUCUGAAGUUAGACAAUAAGCAGUUUAAACUACUAUCAUAAUGUUUCAUUUUCAACAAAGAUAUUGAAAUGAAUUCACAAAAUCUUAGUCCAUAGUCCAAUAUUUAAUUCUCUUCUUUAUAGAUGCCUGAGCUCAUGAUUACUUCCCCCUUGUUCAGUCAAAUAAUAUUCACUAACAGCAUCAAACAAUUGAUGUUCAAGACUGCUGAAAUAUUUUUUCUAAUGAAUAGUGUGAGCUCUUAAAUGAGUUUGACACUACUUUGAUUUAGUUUUCUGCUGGACAGUAUUUUAGUGUUAAACAGUUAAAACUUUAAUUACCUGCUUGAUUGCAGUUAUAUUCUAUUAAGCAGAAUUUUUUUAUUUUGUCUUGUUGGUUGUUGUGUGAUCACACAUGGACAGUAAUGAUGAAUGAAGUUGUUCAUUUUAGUUGUGAAUCAAUGCAUUUUAGCUUUUUCUUGAAUGCACUGGUUUAAAGAGGCAGUGUACUUCAUCAGCAUAUAAUUUAUUUUUUGUUGUAUUUAUAAUUUUUUUAAUUAAAAAAGUUUUUAAUACUGUAUUGAUGCCAUUUAGUUGUAAUUUGUCACUCUCUUUUAAAACUUGAAAUUCUUGGUUGUUCUGUAGUAAUUGGCUACUACUAUAUUCUGAGCUUUUUUUUCUACCAAGAUAAUUUUUUCUGUAGGCCUCUGUUAAUUAGGCAGAUGAAUAAUCUCCUACACUCUUAAAAUUGGAAGCAGAUUUUUAAAAAUAAUUCUUGUCAACAUUUUUCUCAUUAUGUGGACAUGCUUUCACAUUGCUGUUAUGCAAUAUAUAUAUAUAUAUAUAUAUAUAUAUAUAUAUAUAUAUAUAUAUAUAUAUAUAUAUAUAUAUCAUAAAUGCAUUUUCAACCAAGCUGAUUGCUGCACCUUUAGCAACUAUGGACACUUCCUUUCUCAUUAUUGUUCCGCAUAUAAUGCCAGAUUAUAUUAAAAAAAAAAAGUAAUCUAAUGUAACAUCAUCCUAUCACUCCCAGAUUUUUUUAUUUUUUAUUUAUUGACAUUACAAAAAAAAAUCUAGAUUCUAAUUAAAAGCCAGCAGUAAUUGGGAACGAUCAAAUGACAAAGUUUUAUAAUAAAAACACCAGGGCUCUGUCGUUAUAUAGCAUAUAUGUGGAUCCCUAAUUGUGACUGGACCAAAUUUGAUUUUAUUGUUUUAUUUAAAUGCGAUCAUUUAAAAUAAUAAAUAAAUAAAUGCAAUAAUGGGAUUUUAAAAUUUAAUUUUUGUGAUUUUGUUUUUAACUUUCAAAUUUGAAAAUGAAAAUCAAGCCAUUGCACUCUCAUUUACAACUCUGUUUGACGAUGGCAUUAUAGAAAUGUGUUGAUUCACUACAGCGCAGCGCUUGUGAUGGAUGUUGCUAAGCUCCAUUAACAAUCUUCUUUUUCUUAAUAUGCGCCUAUUUACAAGGGAACUGUUAAGUGUCAAACUAGUUCUUAUAUUACUUGUGUAUCUGCUAGUUUUGUAUUAUGUGUUCUUUAUUUAUUUAAAUUGUAAUGCUUUUUUUCAGGAACAGUAUUUUGUUUUACUCUUUCUUUUUUUCAGUAUUUUGUUUUACUUUUUUUUUUCUUCUUUUUCUUUUUCUUUCUCCUGUUCACUUUUGACAUUACUCAGAUGGAAUGAGGAAAUGUGCAAUACAAAAACAGGCAUCUCACGAUUAAGAACCAUAGCAUUGGAGAAAUCUUUGUUUUUACUUAAAAUUCGGAUAAUUUUAUGUCAAAUAAUGCCUGGUUUUAUCCAAUCGUUUUUUUUUUGUUUUUUUUUUCAAAAUAUAUCAAUGUGUGUUCAAAUACAGUAUGUUAUGCUGAAUGCCCUGAUAGAUGAACACCUUCAGUCUGCCAGCCAACCAUGACUUGAUUUCUGCAUUCAUUCUUUUUACCUACUGACCCGCAUCUUGCUUUAAGGGGUUUAAUGACCUCACAGACCCAUGGUAAAUCAAUAUGAUAAUAAUAGGGAAGCACGGGCAUGUCUAAUUCUCUGAGGCAUUUGACAGAUCAGUCUGUCAAAUUACAAAUUUGAGAUGGUGGGGCAAAUCUGCAGCUAUAUAAGCGCCACACCACACACUGCCAACUUCUCUACAUCCACCCGCUACAUUCCACUGUUACCAUGGCAAACUCUAUCCUAAAUCCCAAUCCACUUGCAUACUGUAACACUGACAGAUUUCUUUUUCAGUUUUGGUUAAUCUAACAUGUUCAUUUUUAGCUUUAGAUUUAUUCUGAAUAUACAGGUUUAACUUUCCACACCUCAAACUCAAACUUAUGACGCCAUUGAAUUGGAAUGGUUUUACUGAGAGUCUGAACAUAAGAACUGAGGUUUUCACUUUGGUUGAAAAUGAGGAGCGUUAGGAGUUUCUAAUCAAGAGAAGUUUUUAUGAGAGUUGAAAUGUCUUUACCUUUUCUUAUUUAAAAAGGCCCUCUCUGAUGUAUAGUAGGUUUGCUGUAGUUUCUUGCUUAAUGCUGUUUUCUUUUCUGUUUUCCUUAUGUGUGAUCACAUUUAAAUAUUAAGAUUUUAUGUUUAUAUGGAAGAAUGUAUGGGAUGCAUUUAUAGGAAUGUUCCAGGUUCUGUGGAAUGAUGUUGAAAAUGAUUUCAACCAAACAAAUCUCUUGAGAAAAAUGUAACUACUUCAUGAGUUAUAGUGAUUGUGUAUGUAUUUAGGAUAGAAACAUGAAGUUCCAACAUAAAGAUCUGUGAAUUUGUAUGAUUUUAAGAAGAAGAAAAAAGUUAGCAAGAAGGUCCACCUUCAUGUAUUCUAAAAUCAGUGAAUUUGUACCACAUGAUUUGUAUGAAACUAAUGGUUUGUAGAAAAAAGUUAGCAUGAAGGUCCACCUUCAUGAACUUAAAAGGUCAAUGAAUUUGUAUGCUCUUAGUGUAGAAAAUUAUCAUGAAUGUCCAAAAAUUUGUGAUUUUUAGGAAAAAAUAAGCAUCAAAGCUCCAUCUUUAAGAAUUCAAAGAUCCAUGAAUUCGUAUGUUGUUCAUAUGGCAGCACACUUUUUUUUUUUUUGGCUAAAUCUUAGAAUGAAGGUCCACUUUCGUGAUUUUGAUGGUCCAUGUAUAUUUGAAAUUCAUACUGAAAUGUACAUGCUUUUGAGUAUUAAGAUCCACCCAUAAACCUAUCCAACCAGAUUGUACGAAAAAAUGUCCAAAUCAAAUUAUUAUCAUUAUAAAUCGCAAUGGCCGUUUGGUUUUCAAAGUACAAGACACUUAUUAUUGAACCUGGAACAUCCCUUAAAGCUCCUGAAUCGAAAUAGAAGAAUGUUACAUUACGAAAAUAAGAUUGUGGGUGUAUUUUUCCUGUUUGUUUGGUGUAUUCUGUGGUGGUUUGUGUACGGGAGUUUUUAAACGGUGGAAAGUGAAGGUGAACAGAGGGAAUGUUUGUUUAUAUGUCUGGUUAGAAGAGAAUGCAGUCAGGUAAGGUUAGACAUGAUUAAACCUCUCUAAUGGACUAGAAGAAGUCUUCGCCGUGGAAAGAAAAGCAAGUCUUUUUACGAUAAUUAGCACUUCAGAGAAGCUUCCCGCUAACAGCAGCUCAUUAUGAUGUCACAGUGGCACUGCAUUGUCAUAACAGCACUAGUGAGGCGCAGUGUUCUUGAAACACACUAGUUAUUUCUGUUGAAAAACGGACUGCAACUUAAUUCAAGCGAGCAGCCUUGUCUCCAAGGCCAUUGUUUUCAAAACAAGCCUUAGUGCUUGAGUACACAUGCUGAGGUUUAGAAACUAGCAAAUGGAUAUCCACCCCAGCUCGCCGCUGCUGCAAACGUCUUUAUAACAAUUAAAAAGUUGCUGACAGAAUGUGUAAAAGAAUAGGACCGCUCGUCUCCAGCACACCCACCCACAGUGUGAGGAGUACAAGCGUGACGUGAAAUCACAUUACCCAAGUGCUCGGUUAAUUACAGAUGCUUGAGAAGAGCGCCGUGAAUACAAAUGUCACACUGAUUGUGGAUGUCGAGCUGCCGGGGGCUCGGAUCAGAUGCCGAGAUAGAUUGAUCGUGUCUUUAAUGGCUCACAGCAUGUCGAGAUGUAUUAACAUCUUCAAGAGGAAUCAUUUGAGCUUCCUGCGUCAGCGAAUGGCUUGAUUUACUGGGGCGUCUAAAUGUCGUGUUGGUGUACGACAAAAGUUGUACGAAUGUAUGUGAUCGACUGCAUCGGAUGUCAUUUACAGGGCUUGGGAAACCAGUUUUGAGUUUCAAGCCUGGAAAACUCAUGGAUGAAAACAUUUAGUUGGAGAAAUGAUUGAUUGGUGGAAAAUUCAUGGCAAUUAAUUUGUCAAAAGAUACAGGAAGUACCCUGUCAUUAGUUACAUUUGAGACAUUUUAUCAAUAAUUUGACUAAUAUUUCAUGUGACCUUACCUGGAUUUUAAGAAAGUUGGCCUGUUGUAGGCAUGGAUUAUGGUGGAGAGAGUUGUAUGUGUGCUAGCUGUGAUGUAUGAAGUGCUUGAAAGGAGUUUGGUAGGUUUUAUUUAUCUUUUUCUGUGUUAAUUAGCAUUUUUGAUCAGAUGCAUCAGUGUUUGGUGUGAGGCGGCAGGGUGCCUUUUUGUGUUCACUUUGAUAUGAACAAGUGCAAAAAGGGAACAUGCUGCCACGGUCUAAUCUCGUACUGUUUUCUGUCCCUGUCUCUGCUCGGCUGUCUGCACUAAUUACCAUUCUUCUCCCCUUAAUUAACAGUCACGAAAAACAGCACGUGGGGCCAGUGACAUCUUGCUUACAAGAAUGUUUUGAUGAGCGUCACAUUGAAUUUUACAUUAAUUGAGGUUUGCGUUCAUCACGCAUCCACUCAACAGACUGCUUAUAAGGGUUCUUAUUCAUUUAUUUUUUUUAUAAAUAUGAUCUGUAUAGCAUGUAUGCUUGGACAGUAUUUGGACUAUUUAAAAAAAAAAGUACUCAAAGUACUCCUCAAGUGAUUUUUCAAACAAAGUCGGAUUCUCAGACAGGAAGUGAAGAUGCCUACAAUAAAUAAUAAUGUUUAUAAUGUAUCAAAUAACAAUGUUUCUCUGUUACAGUCCAUUGGAUUUAAGGAAUGUUUGGUUAGAUAUUUGCAAAACCCUCUUGUCAUAAGAUAUACAAGUGUACUCUUGGACAUACUGAGAAAAGGCCUUGCAUUGAUAUUAUUCAGCGCGCAGCCAAAACUACAUUUUGUAUGCAUUUCUUUUAAAGAUCUAAAGGUCUACAGCUUCAGCAUUUUUUUACUUUGCGUUUUGUUUUUGUACCUUUUUAUGUUUACUGUACAUUGUAUCUUGCAUUGUCCUAAAGGAAAACACAAUAAAAUGUAUCCUCCUUGUUCUUA